AUGAAUGAAACUAAUAGUGAAGCACUUGCUGACUCCGAGAAGCCGGUUCAAGUAUCAGAUAAUGUGCCGUUCCCGCCUUUCCCGGCUCCAGCAGAUGAUGACUUUGAAGAAGAUAUAUCUAAAGAUGAGAGAUCAUACUAUAUAACAAAAUUUAAGGAUCUUAACACAAUUAUUCACAUGAAAGUUCACUGUACUGCUUGUGACCGACAUAUAGGGAUUUGUCCCAAAAAUGAAAGUAAUAUGAAAACACAUCCUAUGUUACGUACAUUAAUGUGCCAGAAUUGUUAUUCAUUUUAUAACAGUGGAGAGUUCGAAAAGGGUGAUGAUGGCUCCGAACUAUAUUGUCGCUGGUGUGGACAAGGCGGUCAAGUGUACUGCUGCUCAGAUUGCCCACAUGUAUUUUGUGCGAAAUGCAUAAAAAGAAAUAUGGGCCCAGCUAAAAUCAGAGAGAUUGAGGAAGUAGAUGAUUGGAAAUGUUUUAAAUGUAAUAGCACCUGUUUGAGAGAUUUGCGUGCAAUUUGUUGGGCAGCAUUGCGCUACUGUGACUUUAAAAACAGAAUGGCUUAUAAAACUGAAGAUUCCAAGCUCAAGGAAUCAUAUUUAAAAGAAAUAUCGGAAGAUGUUUCUGAGUGCUGUAGGUCUAAAUAUAGAAGGAAGGAAAGGUUGGAGGCUAAGAAGAAAGAAGCUGAAGCCAAAAAAGCUGCUGUUGCAGUUGUAUCUAAGCUUCCUCCUACAAUAAUGGUGAAGAAAUUUGCUUCAAUUAAUUCUGAUGAUGUGAACAAGCCCGAACUUAAGAAGGCUCAAAAAAGGUCGGCGAGUCCCAAAAUGAAACCAAAUAUAAUUUUGAAAAAUCCUAUUAGUGUGUCACCAAAGGUGACUAAUACCUUUCACGUUGCACCUAUGAAGAAAGUAAGGCUGCCGUCAAACAUGAUGAACCCAAUAAGAAUACUAAAUGAGAGAAAACCAGUACCCCAAAAUACAUUAAUAAAGAUAAGACCGAAAGGCAAUUUUCAAAACAAUAUGUUCAACGGGAUCAGUACAAGCACACCAUUUAGCAAUGUUAUGUUUAAUAAUGAUAAUAUUAAUUUAUCACUGGACAGUCUCACCCAGGGCCUAGAUAUGUCUUCUAUACAAAACAUGAGUGGUGCAUCUCAGGACGAGUUAGUAUGCACUCCGGACUUCCCCAUGGAGCCAUUAUGCGAGGUGACAGAGGAUAACACGGAUGAUGAUGUGCAGUGCAUAACACCAGGUCCCGUGACACCGAAGACAUUGUCCACACAAAAGCCUAUCGCUCUCUCCGACGUGUUACCCGAAAAUAUCAUACAAAUGACUGAAAACGACGUUACCGUGAAUUCUGUCACCGGUGGUCUUAAAUUCCGCGUGGACCCUCAAACCUUAUCUUCCAAUAAGAUGUAUCGACUUCCCGACGGUAGAAUAUUUGCAAUUAAUGCCAAUCCCACCAUGCCCGGCGGUUAUUCGGCUACGAUAGUAGCGAUAACUGAAACAAACCGACCCAAAACUAAUUCAUCUAAUAAAUCCAGCCGUGGGACGCCACCACCGCUAAGAAUAAUAAAAAACAAUCCAGCAAAUCGCAAAAAAGUGUCAAAACACAAAUCUCCAAAGGCCCGUCGUUCUGACACGACACAAAGGGAAGCUGACCUGUCAGUACCCGUUGAAUGGUACAGAUAUAAUUUGAUUGACGCUAUAGACGCACUCGAGUACUCAUUGACACGAUUACAUAAAUUGAAAAAGGAAGCCAACACGUCCUUCUUACGAACGAGGACUGUCAAUGAAAUGCGGAAUUUACACAGAAGUUUUGACACCCUAUUAAAUACCUCGUCGCAUCGGUUCAAGGAGAUUCGUGAUACUCUUACUAAAGGAUUUAAACAAUACUUGAUAAAGAAAUGUCAAGAAAAUAGCGAAGAGGAAGAUGACGAUGACGUCGAAAUACUACCCGAUUUAGACGAAGACCCCAUUUGUAUUGAUGAAAAUUCGCUAGAUUCCUUCUGCAACGAGACCCAAGAAGUCGACUUGACAGAGGGUGGAAGCGAACAUAACGAUAGUAGAGAGAAAGCUGCACAUUUGGCUUCUAUAACACAAGAGAUACAUGAAAAUGACAUAAAAGAAAUUAUCAGUGAAAAGAUCGAAGAAGUCGAUACAUCUAAAGACAUUGCAAGUGAUGCUAAAUUGAACGGAGAAAAAAGUGCAGUACUGAAAAGUCAACGUAAUAUCUCAAUCCAAAUCCUCACCGACCCACUAUCAAAUAAAGACAAAGAUUUUGCGGUGACCAAUUCGACUAAUAGUAAGCAAGCUGAAGAUAAAAAUGAAAAAGUUGACGAAAAGGUGGUUGAAAAUAAAAACAAAAGUAUUAUAGAAGAUACUCCGAAAGAUAAAGAAGAUAUUGUUGAUAGCGAAGUAACAAAAACAGUUAAAACUAACGUAAAGGAAGAAAAAGUUACCAAUGGUAAUAAUGAAGAUAUUGAUGCAAGUGAUAAUACAAUAGAUGAUUUGUUGAAUGAAGCAGAGACAAAGGAAGCAAGUAAAGAAAGUGUUAUGGACAUUUCUGAUGAUGUAAAGGAAUCUUAA